GGUGACACUGCUUUAUUCUUUCGGCAUGUUUUAAAAGCAGCUGGUUAGAGGCAAAAUUGAAAUAGUUUUUAUUUUGAAUUAUUUUCAAAAUGCAGCGCGCGUGGUUAGUAAUAGAUAAGUGCGUAAAGUAAUGUCGUGGUUUUAAUCUUUGUAUCACCACAAAUAUUUAUAUAAUUUCUGAAUUAUCUUUUUCAAAAUUCACGUGUACUUGUUUAUGUACUAAAAUUAUAAACAAGUUUUAACUAAAUAAUGAAAUUUUUUUUAAUAAUUAAAACUAUAUUAACAAGAUGGAUUUAAAACCCAAAGAUGAAAAAAAAUUGUACCUGGCUUCCUUCGUUGGUGGAGGGGUGGCAGGGUUGUUUGUGGAUAUGGUGUUAUUUCCCCUGGAUACAUUAAAAACGAGAUUACAAGCACAACAGGGUUUUACAAAAGCUGGAGGCUUCAAGGGAAUUUAUAAGGGUAUUGGGCCACAAGCUAUUGGAAGUGCCCCUCAAGCUGCCCUUUUCUUCCUCACCUAUGAAACUAUUAAACAUUAUUCAGAAGGGGUAGUACCAAGCUACGCGGCACCAGCAGUACACAUGUUUGGAGGGGGUGUUGCCGAAGUGGCAGCAUGUUUAGUGAGAGUACCAAUGGAAGUCGUGAAGCAAAGGAGACAGACUCAAUCAGGAAAUAAACCCUCUUUAAAAAUUGCCUUGUCGGCCUAUAAACACGAGGGUUUGAGGGGUUUAUAUAGAGGUUUUGGCUCAACGAUAUUGAGAGAAAUACCAUUUUCAGUUAUACAGUUUCCCAUACUAGAGUAUUUGAAGAAAACUUAUAGGAAAAAUUUUAAAAAUAACAUACCUCUCGAGUCUUGGGAAGUUGCAGUAUGUGGAUCGAUAGCAGGUGGUUUUUCAGCUGCCGUAACAACUCCAUUAGAUGUAGCGAAAACUAGAAUUAUGUUGGCUGAUAGAAAGCAGGUCAGGGCAGGAGAAAUGACAGUUGCAAAUACGCUAAAGCAAAUUUAUCGCACCGAAGGCGUCAAAGGGUUAUUUUCAGGCUUUGUUCCCAGAGUUACGUGGAUCACUUUAGGGGGUUGUAUUUUCUUCGGUAGUUACGAUUUUGCAAAAGGUACAUGCUUGCAAUUUAUAGACAGAGACACUGAAUAUUAAAAAAUGUAUUUUUUCAGUAAAGAAUAAUCAAUUGUUCAAGAGCGUGUUGAAAGCAGUUCAUUUAAAACAGUAUUUUUAGAUUUUUAAAUAAUUAAACGAGUAUAUAUGAUUUUUCUGCAAAUUUGGUUAUACGUCAUUGGAUAGCUGCUUAGUUUUAUUUUGACCGUUCAGCGUCGUCAAAUUUUCUGAGUUUAAGAAAUGUAGGGAAAUUUCAAACGUGAAAAAGUAAACUUAUUUCCGCUGUCCGACAUGAUUGAAAAAUAUGUUUUAUAAUCCAGAAUUGUAUCAUGAUAUUUUAUUAUGCAAUUUUGUACUACUACCUUAAAUUAUAACAUAAAAAUAUUCAUAGAAACUUAUAGUAAUUGCAAAGGAACCUAUUCGUUGCCAUCUGACAAUUGGACACAAGAUAAUUGAGCAGCUGAUAGAUACUGAGUAUCUACUAAAUAAAUUAUCCACUAACUGGAAAAUAGAGAAAGAGGGAAGACAACAAAUACUUGAAGCGAGUAGAAUAUCUGGAUGCUUGCGAAACUCUCUUUGCAGUAAUAAUUUUUUAUCUACCGAAGGGAAAACCAGAAUAUAUAAAAUCGUGGUAAGACCAAUAAUGUAAUACAUUAAAUUUCAUUUAAAAUAAUACAAAGUUAUAAAAUUAUUAUUGGUUUUCCAACAGUUCUUCAGCUAGUUAAAAGCUGUGUUUUAUUAGGAUCUCUCCACGAUGCUGAAACAUGGAUCCCUAUAGAUGCAUCCACAAAAAAAAAUAAGGCAUUGGAAAUGUGGAUUUAUAAUAUAAUCAGAAUUUCUUGAAAGGACCAUGUAAUUAAAGAAGAAGUAAGUAAACUAAAUAAUGAUAUGGAACUCUUUGAACCAGAAGUGACAGCGGGUUUGAAGUGUAAAAAUAAUCUAAUGAAAAAUACCUGGUAAAAGAAUAUACAGAGCUUUUCCGUACAGCUUCCAAUAAAGUACGAAUGGCCAUGAUGGACGCCAAUAUUGAGUAAUGAAUCCGCAUUCACAGAAGAAGAAAUAUGGUUAGGCGAAAAUCCAUAGGUGUUGCAGCUAAUAUUAAGCAGUAGUAUUUCGCAGCUAAGACAUAAUUAUGAUAUUAAUGACUUGUAUCAAAAUUUGUAGAAGAAAACUAUAUUUCGAUCUUAAGUAUAGUGAAUUUUUCUGAAAUGGGAACUGCUUUAACAACGCAAUGGCAUGAUGUAGUAAUCUAAUUAUAUAACAAUUUGCAUUUUGUGUAUUUUCAUGUAGUUCGUUUUAUUAUAUUAGUAAUUAUGAUUAUUGUUGGCAUUUUAAUUAAAAUUUGCAUCUUUAUUCUAACUUGCAAUAGUUUAAUGGAAUGAUUUAAUUAUUUAUUAUACAUAUAUUAAUAUGGGACCAACAGCAACUUUAAUUAUGCUUUGUUACAUUUAAUGUCUUUUUUGUGUGUUAUUUGGUCCGAUUAAUUUUUGUUUUCCUAAUGUAUUUACAUUUAUUUAUAUUUAAUGAAUAACAUAAUUAUUUUAUCCUUAUGUAUAUAAGUGGUAUCCUUAAAUAUUGUAAAUUAACAAGUUGGAGGCCUUGGAAAUAUGGAACUUGCGAAUAAUGUUCCGUUUACCAUGGACAGGGAGGGUGAGAAACAAGGAAGUCUUAGAAAGGCGAAUACUGAGAGGAUUACUUAACAUGAUCAAGGUACGGAAAAUUUGAUAUCUGGGCCAAUUCCUCCACUAAUUAUCCAAGAAAAGCUUGUGGGCAAGAGAAAUAGGUCGCAAACAAAUGUCACGGCUACAGAAUAGAAUAUAAAGAACAGGACAGGCUUAAAUAAUACUGGCGAUUUUUUGCAUGCCUCAAAAGACAGAUAUCUGGCCUAGAUAAUUCGCCAACGCAAUAUAGGUGCACGGCACUAUAAGAAGAAGUGACGAGAAGAAUCCUACAAAAGCAUAAAAAUCUUACGUUUUACCUACUUUGUUGUAUGGAAUGGACAACUGGACGUUAAAGAUUGCUCAAAACACCAUGGAUUCAAAGACUUACUAAUGCGGAAGUUCUGAUCAUUUAUGACAUGUUAUUUUUUAGCAAAGUUCUUUUAUGGUGGAACGAAAUGACUUAUUUUCUCGUCGGGUUACCGGGUUUCCCGAUCCGUGAUACGAUUGGAAUGUAUGGCUUGUUUAGCAUGUCGACAAAGUGUUAAUUACGUCUAAAUGUUAUCUGCUACGCACACCACUGUUUUCUUGUUUCUAAAGUGCGUCCUUUGAAAAUAUGCUUGACGAAACUUCACCAUAAUUGUUGUUUGCUGCAUUGCAUUGAAAGUGCGCUUAUUGUGUGUGCCUCCCUAUUUAACUACUGUAUACAGACUUAACUAUAAUUUUUAUUGUUUUAAAUCUAUCGAACGUCCCAUGAUGAUCGAUUUGUUUUGCAGUAGAAUAAGUUUUGAAUUUUUCAAUGUCAAUACCAGUCUCAAUGUUAUUUCGUUGUGUCUUUUCCACUACCUCCUUUGAUUACAAAGGAAAAUCAGGGGUUUAUAUUGAACAAGUAAUGUUAACAUGUAGUUGGUAUUUUUUAAUCUCACACAGUUUAAUCGUGACAUCAAAAGUUUCCCAUUAGUAGUUACCUAUAUUGUGAAUCAUGAGGAGAACUAGAAAAAAGAUACUGUGCAAUCUUAAUACUGUAGUACUAUUUUUAAAUCUGAGAUAUACCAUAUUCCCUGUUUUUGAUGUAAAAUUCAUUCAUUCAGUCAUUUAUUGGUCUUUAGGUAUCACUCAAAAUGAAAGUUUUCGCAUUAAAAAGUUAUUUAAUCUACACAAUCAGUUGUUUCUUCUUGUUCAGUUUAGGUUUAGUCUUUGUUAGAAUAUAUCUUAAUGUAUUUAAAUCCAACAGAUAAGAAUGUCCACCUUUGAACAUAGGAUUCCCUCUUUCCUUCAGUGUUAUGUUAUCUAUUCUGGGCUGUUUGCAUCCAUUCAGCAAGCUCGAGGUCACAUUGAUCGGUAGGUGUGUCGUGUCGGCUCAGCUUGUCAUUGGCUAGAAAUUAAUUUCUAACCAAUGACAAACUGCGACGACACUACACAUCCACCGCUCAGUGCGAUCAGAAAGUCAUUUUGAAUAAAAAAUGUCCAUAUACAUUUAGCUACAUACAGUUUAAGUUAAAACAUACCGAUACAUUUUUGGCAAAGUAACGUAAGUGACAUUUUUGGCGAAAAUCAUGUUUUUCAAUUAAACUAACACUCUUAUUGUUAAAAAGGUACUGCCAAGUGUAGUAAGCGUAGAAUUACUUUAAACCUUUUUUAGAACAUGUAGGACAAGAUUUUUCAGUCAUAAUUUAAAUAAUUUUAACCAGGUUAAAUUACAAAAUUGUUUUUUCUGCAAAUCGUGUUUGGUGACUUACGUUACUUUGCCAAAAAUGUAUCGAUAUUUUUGGUUGUACUUUCGACCUAUUUAGUUAUACUUCAACGUAAGUAGUAAUUGUUUUUCAAAUGUUGAUUUAUCAUAUUUAUAUUCAUUUAUCUUAAGGUUUUAGUUGAUUUAAAUAUUGCUCCAAUGUCGUAUUUCUCCUAUUUUUUGUAAAAGACUUUUACCUAGUGUUUUGUUAUAUUUCUGUAAUCGUUUCUGAUAAAUAUCUUUAUUAAAUCCUUUGUCAUUUAGAAAUAAGGUACUUUCCAGUAAUAAAAAAGAUCAACAUAAAAAUUAAAAAGAUUCUGAAAGUUUUAUAAAAAACGUUUAUAGAUAUGUUCUUUUAUCGCUAUAACAGUGUACUAGCACUUCCUCCUAAUGUCUGUUUACUGUACAUUGUACAUACUGUACAGUAUCCUCGCGAUUAAUGAACAUAUCUAAUAAGGAGACACAUAACGACAGUGAUAUGUUAAAUAGUUUUAACAAAAUCGAUUUUGAUCACAAAUCAUUAGCCAUUACUUUAAGUUACAGUCAUUACAUUUAUUUAAAGCAUGAAUUACUAAAUAUACAGGGUGUCCCAAAACUGACAUCUAUGCUUUUGAGAUUUGGUUUAAAUACCGCUACAAAUUCAUCUUCAUUUUAUAUUUAUGAAUAAUAAUUACUCAUCGAAAACGAUCUAAUUUGGAUCCCAAAUUAAAUAAUUUUACAGUCUAUAUACAGUUUAAUAUCGAUUCCGUACUACUAAGGAUUACGUUGCUAAGUAAGAGGUACUGUACUAGACCAAAUUACUACUCCGUAGUUUGCAAUUAGAUAGACGACCUUUGUAGUUGGUAUAUUCGUUUUGUUUUAUGUUUGUAGUGGGAAUCAGACACGCAUCAUUCACCACUACAGACCGGUUCCACACAUGGACGGUUUCGAAAUUUACUUAGUUCUAACUUCUAUAAUUUUUUGUAGUUCGACUACGGUGUCAGUAUCUCUCGUCAGUAGAAGACCUCUUAUAGAAAUGAUUCAGUUCUAUUUGAGUAAUUUAGUGAGCUCAUGAUUUAAACCACACGCUGGCCAGAAAAAAUUUAGGCGUAGUAAUUUGGAAACCAAAAAUGGAUCUGCGAUUUUGAAUACGCGAGUGAAUCGUAUCUGCGAAUGGCUAAGUAAUACAGUAAGAGCUGGAAGUUGCGGCUCGUGGUCACUGAUUUGAUUGAUCCUAUCGGAAGUUGGCGAAACCCUAAAAAAUCAGAAUGUAGUUAGAUGAAUAAUACUAACGUUCUAAAGUAUAAUUCUUUUAUCAGAUUAUGAAAAUAGUCGGAACAUUUUACCCUGUCAAUUUUUGAUUUGUAGUAGAAUUUGGAACCAAAUCGCAAAAACUUAAAGACAUUAUCCUUUAACCCCCUGUAGAUACAAAAACAUUCCAUUAAAACAAAUUUUUAGAUUAAUAGCAUGGCACGUAAUGUGGCAUUAAAAAAAUUUAUGUAUUAGUAAUCUAAAUAUAUAUUUUUUUGCAUUCCUAGUGAAAUUUUUUAAGUGUGAAGACUUUUAUCAAUAGAAUCGACUUGUAACGAUAUUUCCUUUCUGGAUCGUCAAGAUUUAAUAAAGUGAACUAACAUCUUGCCGAAUUCUUGGUAAAUUGAAUAUUCUUUGAUGGAUUUUGUGGAGUAUAACAAAAAUACCUCGUAAUAUCUGCUUACCAACGUACUGUGAUUCAAACUUUUUACGAUUUUAGCCUUUAUUAGUAAAUUGUUAUACCAAAUAAAUGUUUUUUGAGAUUGUU